AUGGCGAGUAAGAAACCACCAAUGGACGAAGCUCGCAGGGCACGUCUGAUGUCCCUGGAGCAGAAAAUACGCGACCCAAACAGCCUCAGCAACAUCGACUGCUUGCUGGAUACGCUGACUGCACUCGUGGCGGACUGUGAUCAUGAGAACGUGAAGAUAGUUAAGAACAUCGAAACGUUCAUCAAACGCUACAAAAAUUUAGCCCGCGACAUCACAAAGCUGCGCAUGAAUCCCAACGAUUUCACCUUCAUCAAGCUGAUCGGUCGCGGCUCAUUCGGCAAGGUGUUGCUGGUGCGACAGAAAAGCACCAAACAGGUGUACGCGAUGAAACGGUUGUCCAAGUACGAGAUGAUUACCCGUGCAGAUACCGCGUUCUUCUGGGAGGAGCGUUACAUCAUGGCAAACGCAAACUCCGACUGGAUCGUGAAGCUGCAUUUCGCGUUCCAGGACGCGAAAUAUCUGUACAUGGUGAUGGACUUUAUGCCUGGCGGUGACAUCGUCGGGCUGAUGAACGUGUACGAGAUACCGGAAAAGUGGGCACUGUUUUACACGAUGGAGGUGGUGCUGGCGCUCGACACGAUCCAUCAGAUGGGUUUCAUCCAUCGGGACGUGAAACCAGACAACAUGCUGCUGGACAUGCACGGUCACCUGAAGCUGGCCGAUUUCGGUACGUGCAUGCGGAUGGACAGCGAUGGGCUGGUGCGUUCGUCGAAUGCGGUCGGUACGCCCGACUACAUUAGCCCGGAGGUGUUGCAGUUUCAGGGCGAGAAGGAUGGGUACGGGCGCGAGUGCGACUGGUGGUCGUUGGGCAUCUUUCUGUACGAAAUACUGAUCGGCGAUACGCCCUUCUUCUCCGACAGUCUUAUCGGUACGUACAGUAAGAUAAUGGAUCAUAAAAAUUGUCUCCACUUUCCGGACAAUGCGCCGAUGAGCGAGAAUGCAAAAUCGCUCAUCAAGGGCUUUUUGACGGAUCGUACCGUGCGACUCGGACGCUACAGUGUGGAUGAAAUUAAAUCGCAUCCAUUUUUCAUUAACGAUACCUGGACGUUCGAGAAUGUGCGCGAUUCCGUACCGCCGGUAGUGCCCGAACUGAGCAGUGACGAUGAUACGCGCAACUUUGUCGAAGUUGAUCGGAAAAACAGCAUCGGUACAAACUUCCCAACGCCCACUACGUUUGUUGGAGAUAAUUUGCCGUUCAUCGGGUUUACCUAUUCGCCCGAUUAUCAGCUGCUGAGUGGUGAGGGUGCCGCUGGUACGGACGGUGAAUCGGCCAUCGAGGACACCACCGACAAUAAGGAGGAGCUUACGAAAGGUCAUCGCCAUCGGCUGUCCAACAAUGCCGAGCUGAUGCGUAUGGAGCAUAUGUUGCAGCGGGAGAAGCAGUCGGUGGAAACACUCGAGAAGCAGGAGCGGACGCUUCGCCAGCAGAUUGAGGUGAUCACCAAGCGGGAAUCGGACAUCCAGACGCUCGCGAACGAGUACGAGCGCGAACUGACCAUGCUGAAGCACAGUUACCGCGAGGUACAGCGACGAGCGGACGGUGAGCAGGAAAAUCGCAAAAAGCUCGAAUGUGUGCUGGUCGAGACGACACAGCGUCUGCAGGAGGAACGGAACUUGCGAACGCGCGAAAUGAACAAUCAGCAGCAGUACACCGAUCGUAUCAGCGCACUGGAGAAGCAGCUAGCGGAUGUGCAGGAAAAGUAUAAGGCGGAAGUGGAGACUGGCCAGAAGUGCAAGAAGCAGAUUGCGGAACUGCGCAUGCUGAGCAGCAACGCGGAACAGAAGGCACUCGAUCUGCAGUCGAUGUUGCUUGGUUUGCAAACGAUGCGCGAUAUGCUGCAGCAGGAGAUGACCGAACUGCAGAGCCAGCUAGCGCAGGAGCGGAACACGCGCAUCAAGCGUAUGGAAAUGCAGAAGGAGCUGGAGGUGAAGGUGCAGUCGCUGUGCGCGGAUAUGGAGCGCAUGUCGGCACGCGAGCAGCAGGUGUUUGCUGACAACCGUACCCUGGUCGAUCGGAUUUCGGAGCUGGAAAAGGAGAUUGCCUCGAUGGAAUGUGAGCUGAAGGCGGUGCAAAACCGUUACGAUCAGGAGGUUCGGGCGCACCAGGAAACGGCUAAGGCACGGCUGUUGAACAAUGAGGAGGCGAACAUGCAGGAGGUAAAAGCACUACAAAACAAGCUGACGGAGGAAAAGCUUGGUCGCCAGAAAGCUGAACAAAACUCGCAGGAAAAAGAGCGCCAGCUGUCCAUGCUAUCCGUCGACUAUCGCCAGAUUCAGCAGCGUUUGCAGAAGCUCGAAGGGGAAUAUCGCCAGGAAUCGGAAAAGGUAAUUGCCCUACAUAGUCAGUUAGAGCAGGAGCAGAGCAAAAAGAACAGUUUGCUGUCCGAGAUAAGCCUUCAAAGCUCGGAGGUCGCCCACCUUAAGUCGAAGGAGAUGCAGUCACAAAAGGAGCUGCAACAAUUGCGAGAUACACGCAAGAAGCUCGAGGAAGAUGUCGCUAAUGUUAAGAAGCAGCACAACACGGACAUUCUGCAGAUGAAAGAAGUACAGGACCAGCUGGAGGUGGAACAAUACUUCUCGAAACUGUAUAAAACGCAAUACAAUGAGCUGCGGGAAGAGAUGAAGGACCGUAUGCGUCAGCUGCAAAAGCUAGACGAAGAACGUUGCAACAUUAUGCACCAGCUGCAGCUAGCCAAUGCACGCGCCGACACCGAAGCGCUGGCCCGUUCGAUUGCCGAAGAAACGGUCGCCGAUUUAGAGAAGGAAAAAACCAUGAAAGAGCUCGAGCUGAAGGAUAUGCUGACCAAGCACCGCAACGAGCUGAUGGCCAAGGAAACCGUAGUGACGUCGCUGAAGGAUGUCGAAGCGGAGCUGAAGAAGUCGCUCGGCAACAAGGAGUACGAGCUGGAAGAUAUGAUGCAGCAGAGCAAGAAGCAGCAGGAAGAGCUGUACCGGCUGAAGUACGAGCUCGGCGAGCUGGAUAAGUGUCGAGCAAAGUUGGUAAACGAAACCAUUCUAAAGCAGCAGGCGGUAAACAAGCUGGCCGAAAUAAUGAACCGCAAGGAUAACAACCUGACCAGCAAGCAGAAGAUGAAGGUUAACUCGACGGCCGAGUUGCGCAAGAAGGAAAAGGAGAACAAACGUUUGCAGCAGGAGCUGUCCGUGGAGCGUGCCAAAUAUGACGAACUGUGCCAAAAGCACAACGAAACGAUCAGUCAGCUGUCGCGAGAAAUUGAUAUUAAAACCAAGCUGCAGAUGGAAAUCGAUUGCAAGGCGACGGAGAUCGAACAUUUGCAGAUCAAAUUGAUCGAGACGGCAUCGCUAUCGUCCGUCGACAAUGACAUGAUGGAGGAAAAUCAGGACUCCAUCUUUGAGGGCUGGUUGAGCGUACCGAACAAGCAGAACAUUAAGCGGCACGGAUGGAAGCGUCAGUUUGUAGUGGUGUCGCCCAAGCGAAUCAUUUUCUACAGCUCGGAGCUGGAUAAGCAGAACACUAGCGAUCCGUUGCUGAUCAUUGAUCUGAGCAAGGUGUUCCAUGUUCGUCCGGUUACACAAGGUGACGUUAUUCGUGCCGAUCCCAAAGAAAUACCGCGAAUCUUUCAGCUACUGUACGCUGGCGAGGGUGAAGCGCGCCGUCCGGAUGAGCAACAGCAGUCCGACGCUUCUUCGCGUAGCGACGAAAAACCACUCACGCUACAGUACAAAGGCCACGAGUUCCUCCAAAUAAGUUACCAUAUACCAACGACAUGCGAUCUUCCUUCCUGCCAGAAGACGCUCUGGCACGUCUUCAAAUCACUGCCAGCGUAUGAAUGCAAACGCUGUAGGUUCAAGCUGCACAAGGAGCAUGUUGACAAUAACAACCCACUAGCACCGUGCAAGCUGCAUCAUGAUCCUAACCAUGCGCGGGAAAUGUUGCUACUUGCCGCCUCAAACGAUGAUCAGCACCGUUGGGUUAGUCGUCUUUCCAAGCGCAUUCAGAAGAGUGGAUACAAGGCUAACUCCAACAACAAUGUCGGCACACUGGGAGGAAGUGGCAAUAGCUCGAUCGGGGGAAGCAGCGGUGGUGGAAAUGGUGGUGGUGGUGGUCUGGGUAACAACGGUAACAAUGGUAACUCCAACACCAAUUUGGAUUCGACGAAAGUUUCACCUAGCCAAUCCGCACGAUCCAAUAAUAAGCCAAGCUCGACAGCCGUUGUACAACGAUCGGCCACUCUACCAACGAACGCUUCGCUAAAGCAACCGCCACCGUAAAAAAAAAAC